AUGGCGGCUGGACUUAAGACUAUCAUCGCGCUCUCGUUUGUGCUUGCAAUCGGCUUCCUGCUCGUCAUCCUUUCCUCGGCUCUCUGGCACAAGUACUGGCCUCUGUUGGUUGUCGCCAUUUACGUUGUUGCGCCGCUCCCCAAUUGGAUCUGUGGACGAUGUGCAAAUCCGGAUGAUUUCAUGGACAGCUCAAGCAACUCAGUGAUGGACUUUGGACGAUUCAUGACUGGUUUCCUGGUUCUGACUGGUAUUGCACUCCCCGCCAUCCUGGCGCAUAGCGGCGCGAUCGAAAUCCCAGCCAUGAUCAUGUCGAUUCUUGGCGGUCUCUUGAUUUACGGCACGAUUAUUAGCUUCUCUAUGUUUUUCCAGGAACAGGAAGAGUUCUGA